AUGAAGUCAAUUAACACUUCAAAAAGGAACUUGCUUGUGAAUGUUGGAAAGACUGAGGCGUGGAUAACAGGAAUAGUACCAAGGGGAGAGGAACGUGUUGGAACAACAAGAGACUUAUUGUUUGGAGCAAAGGAAGACGUAGCUAGAUGUUUACGCUUUCGUAGAGAUCGAUCCACUGAAGUCUGCGAAGUACUUACUGUCAAGUUACCUUCUGUUCCGAAUGUUACGACUCUACAAAGUAUCUUCCAAUUGUCAUUUCUCGACAAACUUCCAGUGAUAGGUGAUUUUUGGCGAAGACAUGUUACAUUGUCUCAUCGAUCUGAUUCUCAGAAACGUCAUCCUGUUCUUCCAGGAAAAGCUUGGUUCCAGCCUUCCAGUUACAAUGUAUCGCAACGCGAGGAGAAGGCAUUACAAAGCGAGUUUGACGUUGCCUGUGAAGAACUUCGUUCCAAUCGUUCACGUACUUUGCUCCCGUUGACCGACUGGCUCAAUUUGACUAUCCAAGUUGAUCGGCUUCUAGCAAUUCGUGCGAUCACUAACAUUAUCCGUAUCAUGAUUACCAUCAAAGAUACCCUCUCAACGAACAUCUAUGAACUGGCAUGGCACAAGCGCAGAUUAAUGCAUGCAAAAGACUUGCCAAGUGUAAAAAAAGGAUUGUACAAGGUGACACUGGAAACUCCAGGAUUUCACCACCUGCCACAAACAGAAGACGAAGACAUCCGAUGGCCGAACAUUUUGCGGACCGUCGAUGGCAAAUAUGUGCUUAUUGACUUCGAUCAUUCAGAUCUGGCGAAUGAGAUACCUCAAUUUGAAAGUUUGACGGGUUGGGAUACGAAUACCUUAGAACUUGGAAAGUAUACGCGCUCAUCAGAUAUGUAUCAAGUCGGAAAGUUGUUUACUAUUAACGGAGAGUCAGUGAUAGUGUCCGAGAUAGGGAGGCGCUUUAUGGCAAAUUUGCAGAACGCAGAUCAUAAUGCUAGGAUGACAGCCAAAGCUGCUUUACUGCACGAGUGGAUAACACGUGCUCAGUAA